AUGGUUGUGGCUGCAGAUCCUUCGGUAUUGCGGGGAAUUCCGGAAUUCUUUGAAAACGAGCUUGGGGAAUGUCUAGUUGCGAGAACAGAGUCGCUAUCGACAUUCCGCGAGCUUGGUCCACCUGAUCUUUGUCAUAUCGUGAAGACAAAUCCCAAAACUCAAGUCAAGGAUAUCGGGUCAUAUCACUAUGCGCUUGGAACGGAUGCCAGCUCUUCCGCAACACUCGCUGCGUACCUUAAUUCCCUGACGUAUUCGAUUGGAUCCACGGCUGGCAAGGCGUCUCCCUGGAAAAUAAGAUCUGGCACUUACUGCUGCUACAAUGCUUUCUCCAGAGUGGACGUUCGGGUGGAGGUCAGAAUUCCAGGAGGUGUAGACGCGUACGUUGUAGACAUGCGCGGGGACCGACACCCGAUCGAAAAUCCAGCCAUGUGGCAGGAAACACACGUAUCUGCAGUCUUACGUACCAUUUUGGAUGACAAUGAUGAACCAGACGGCAAUGAUGGUGAACCGCUGCUGGGGUUGAGAAAAAUCGAUCCGCUUCCUACCCUGGCCGCGGAGAAGCGCUUUCUGGAAGCUGCGGCUGGAGAAUUUUGGAAGGGUUGGCAGCUUGGCACCGCUCCAGAAGUGCAAAACGCGACGUUUUGUAGCAAUCAUUUGACAAAUGGAGUGAUGAAGUACUUCACCGAAGCCGGACGUCCAGGGGAGGCGGCCAAGUUUUUCCAACCAUUAUAUGAGAAGGAUGCCGAGGUCGGGGCAGUUUUAGCGCGAGGAUACCUUGAAACAGACGAAGAGAUCAAAGCCGUGGAAGUUUUAUACCAGGCGCUGAAACGCCAGCCGAUGUCUCAUGGGUUGCUACUUGUACAGAUCGACUUUCUGCGAAACAAGAAAAAGUACGACAUGGCGCUGAAGUUGGCAAAAUUGGCUUUCACCUUCGCGCCUUCGGAAUUUUGUACCUGGGCGAAGCUUACGGAGAUCUAUAUUGACAUGGCCGACUACGAAUCGGCGCUUGUGUCUCUGAACGCAUGUCCCAUGUUCACGUAUUGCGAGCGGGAUUCACACCGUAUGCCACCACCUGCGAGAACCCACCUACCCUUAAAACCGGAUCCGUCUACUCUAAAAGCCGAUGAAGACCCCAAGAAGGUACCUGUUGGCAACGGGACGGUGUAUGAUGAAAAUGAUCCAAGGGAAAAUGAGGUACAUCCGGAACUGCAGCGUCUUGCGUUCCUGUCCCUCCGCGGCACGUUUAGCAAAGCAUAUGCGCUGCUUGUGCGCAUUGCGUCGAAAGUUGGAUGGGAUGAAUUGCUACGAUACAGAUCGUCCGUUUUCGUCAUGGAAGAGGAGUACCGAAUACAUCGUGCGUUGGUGGAGGAAGAGCAGAAAACCACCGAGGUGGAAGCAAAAGCGGCUUCGGAAGAAGGAAGUCCUCAGAGUGGAGAACCGAAUGGAAGUGCACAACAUGAAGAAGGGAAGGAGCAGCAAACCCAAGACGAUGAGGAUAUGGUGGAAGCACAAAUGGAAGCUAUCAGCUUGGAUGAUGACUCAUCACCAUCAAAGCCAGAAAAAAGCAGCGAGAGGCCAAUAGGCGAGACAGAGAAGAAGGGAGGGCUAAGCAUUGACGAGUUGAUGCGACGAACAGGAGGCGAUACACAUAAUGAAGCUAGCAAAGGAGAGGAGGUUCAAGCACCGAAUCCCAGACCGCCACGCCAUAGCAUCUCCUUUAGCUUCAAAAACAAGCGAUUAUGUGACAAGUGGCUAGAUAACCACUUCAUGAUAUUGUACCAAGAUAUACGACUCUACUCGCUCUUGAAACAGGAAAUAUCGCAAUAUAAGAACCAGGCUGGUGCUAAUGCCAAUGUCCUCUUGUACCGAAAGACUGGUGCUGAAUGGGAAAUAUAUGGAGAUCUGGCGGAACGAUUGGAACACAAGGAGGAUGCAAAGGAAGCGUAUAAACUGUGCCUGAGUCAAAAGUUCUCAAUGAAAUCGUGGCUGAAAUUACUGGAAAUGUAUGCCGAGGAAGGGAAUAUCCAAGAGACACUGCGGGCAGUGGCAAAGUUAGUUUCUAUUUUGGAUCGCGCGUUUGUCGAAACUACGUACCCAAGUCCAAUCGCGCGGAAUUUGUUUAAAUUGAUGCGGCGGCAUGGACUGGCCAAAGUGCAGAACGCCUUAAUUUCAAUGAAUCUUCCGCAACAUGAGUAUCGGCUAAUCACUCGCUACUUUGAGUACGCAGAACUAUUCAGUGUGACUGGGGCUAAAUGGUAA